UAUUUUCAAAAUGUCCUCGAAAAGUGUAAUUUGUUUUGACAUAUCAAAAAAUGAACGAUUUCAAAUAACCGACAACUAUAAAAUGUUGCAUCGUAAAUUGAAAUCCCAAUAUAUUAUCGAACAAAAUGACAUGGAAUUGAAACCCGAAAUAUUGGACAAAGUAAAAAUAUUUAUAUUGGCCGGCCCUCAGGAUCGUUUUACCGAAGAAGAAUUUGAAGCAUUAAAAGCCUAUGUGGAUAAUGGUGGUAGUUUAUGGGUAUUACUGGGAGAGGGUGGUGAAAAUGAAUUCAAUACAAAUGUGAAUUUCUUUUUGGAACAGUAUGGCAUAUACAUUAAUAGUGAUAAUGUUAUCCGCCCACAUUACUACAAGAAUUUCCAUCCCAAAGAAUGUUCAAUUGGUGGCGGUGUCGUUUGCGAAUCAAUGUGGCGGCAUAUUUUAAAACAACCAGUCGACAAAGUUGAUUAUGAUUUUAGUGAUGAAAAAUAUAAGUUACAUUUUCAAUACCCCUACGGGGCGACAUUAAAUGUGUCGGAGCCAGCAAAUGUCCUGCUUACAACCGGCCCUGUGGUGUAUCCUUUUAAUCGUCCAUUGGCUGGUUAUUAUUGUAACGAAGCGAAAGGUAAAAUAUUGGCCAUUGGUUCGGGUUAUAUGUUUCAUGAUAAAUAUUUGUCAAGCUAUAAGACAAAUGAUGCCAUUUUGGAGUACAUACUGAAAUUGUUGGCCACCAAUGAUAUACAAUUUAAUCAUUUGGAUUUUAAUGAUGUUGAGCUCAAUGACAAUAAAACCUUUACGGAUAUUGGUUUCAUUGCCAAUUUGCCAAAAGCCUGUCUCAUUGAUUCCAUUGGUUCGGAAAUACCAGCAGAUUUUAAGAAAAUGUUUGAUAUGUCAUUGUGUUCAUUAAGUAAUCGUUUGCUCAAGGAUGUCAUCAACACAUAUCAACAGUUACAUGUUAAAUAUGAACCCUUGAAAAUUAUCAAACCUCAAUUUGAAAUACCCCUACCACCGUUGCAGUUGGCGACAUUUCCACCAAUAUUUAGUGAACCAGCAGCCCCGCCAUUGGAACUGUAUGACUUGGAUGAAAUAUUCAGUCCACCCAGAUCUCAAUUGGCCAAUAUGACGGGUCAAUGUUUACAGGCCUUGCAGGCAUCUAAGAAUCCUCGCAAACCACCAAAUCUCAAAGAGUUGGAAAAUUAUAUCAAGGAAUGUGCCCGCAUAACAGCCAUUAUAAAUGAGCAGCAUGAUAUGUCACCCCGGGAAAUUUUGAAUGUUGUGGCCCAUCAAAUUGUCAGCUAUCGACCAUAUGAAUAG